GUGCCAUUUUUCAUUUUUCACUGCACUUUCAUAUUCCUUCCUUUCCGAGUGCUGCUUCUUCUUCUUCUCCUUCAUUCCACUCCACUCCACUACGCAUUCUACGCUUUCGAAACGCAUCGUUUUGCUCACGCCGAUUCCAACUCAAGUGAAUAACAGCGACUCGAGUUCCGCCAACUCCUUCACUGACAGAAGGGAAAAAAAAAAAGAAAGAAAAAACAGAGCUACCAAACGCAACAAACUCCACUGACUUCUCCAUCGCUUCUAGAAGAUGUCUUUGUAUAUUGGUAAUAUGUCCGAGCACACCCGAAAGGAUGAGCUCGAGCAUGUUUUCCGUAGGUUUGGGCAUUGUAACGUUCAGCUGAAAAGGGAAGGAUAUGGGUUUGUGGUGUUUGACUUUCCUCCUAAUGCGACGAAGGCUUUGAGGGCAUUGAAAGGUAGGAAUAUAUGUGGGGAACCACUUACUCUGACGUGGUCCAAUAAGCAGCCUGCUGGGAGUUUUCAGAGGUUUCCUAGGGGUGGUGGUAAGAUCUACGAACCAAGACGUGGAAGGAAUUCUGAGAGGAUAGGGCAUGUGAGGAGGAAAAUGGGUUCCGAUGGAUGGAGGGAUCAGGAGAUGGGCAACGAUGGUAGGGGUGGAUCUGUUGGGGUUCCUAGUGAGGAGAGAGGAUAUCAUCAAGAUGAUUUUAAAGACUAUGUUAGGGAAGAAAGAGAUUAUAGGGAAGAGUUUCGUGAUGAUGGCAGUGGAGUUGUGCCUGCCUUGGAGGAAAAUGGAAGAUGGGGUGAGCCAAUUCAGGACACAUCGGCUGGCAAUGGAAACGAAAAUGCUCUAGAAUUUGAUCGAUAUGAACCUUACCAUGGCUAUGACAUGAAGCAUGAUGAUAAUCAUAUAGGUUACCGCGGUAGUUCUCCUAGAGCAACAUCCUUAGAGAAUAUGGCCAGAGUGCGGAUUGGUGAGGAAACCGUGAAUCGUCCGAAGGACUCAAAAUUCCGGCAAACAUGCUAUAGAUGUGGUGAGCCAGGUCACAAAAUGCGAGAUUGUCCAAAACAGAAUUCUUCACGGAGAAAGUAUGAGAGGUUGGAUGGUAGGCGAAAUAAUAAAAUAGAUGGAAAUCAUAGAAUUGAAGAUGAAGAUAAAUUCAGGUCUGAAUCCUGGUCGAAGAUGCGGUCAAGUAGGGAUGCUUUAUCAAUGAGGAACCAGAGAGAUGAACGGAGGGGGUCUGCAUCACGACAAUACCAUUCACCAUUAAGAAACAAAUUGUCCCCUAUGGCAAAGGAAACCGACAGGCACCGAAGAAGGGAAUAUGGAGGGAAGAAGCGGUGCAGAAACGAAGUAGAAUCACCUAAAAGACCUAGGGGAAAAAGAUCAAGACGGUCAACCAGUUCUUCCUUGCAUUCAGAUUACUCUACUUCUCACUCACUCCCAAAUUCUCGAUCACCCAAGUCUCUGCGGAAGUCACGUUUCCAUUCAAGAUCAAGAUCAGUAUCUUCUAGAUCACACUCCUCAUCUUCAAAGUUAAUAUCUUCUUCAAAAUCUCCACACCGCAAUGGCAAAAGUUCAGAUUAUAGGAGGUCAAGCUCUCAUAGAUCUUUGUCUGUCUCACUCAAUCAGCCUUUGCCAUCAUCUGCGAAAAAGAUCGAGCCCAAUUCAAAAUCAUCUUCCAUUAAUGCUACCGCGCUUGAAUGUAUGGAUCAUUUGGUUGUACAGGGACAUAAGAAUGGGAGUGCAAUGGAGUCGGAAAAUGUUCAAUCCAAGGAUGAAGGUCUUGCUGUAAAUGGAACCUCUGCAGUGCACUCUACAGUGGUGGAUGACAUUGAAAAUGACCAAUGCGUUCAGGUGGACAAUGAUAAAAAUAGUAGUCUAAGACCAUCAGAUACAUUAGCAGAUUUAACCAAAUCGCCUGUUACCAGGAAUUUGUCUACAGAGGUUGUGAAAGAGAAAGAGCUUUCUUGUCACACUGAGACACCAUUGGUGCAUGAUAUUCAGAAGGGAAUUCAGAACCAAGUUUCAGAAACUUGUGUCAAUUCCCAUUCUCGUCAUACAACAGCCAUAUCCACAGAGGAAAUGUUCAUGGUUCUUAAGAAUUAUGGGUUGGAACUUCCAAAAGACAAUGAAGAAACUUUAUCAGUGGAUGCAUUCUUUGGUUCUGCUCGAUUGUGGCCUUGGCAUAUCGUUUAUUACCGUAGGUUGAAGAAGGGCCCAAUUUCAGCUGAGAACUAUGCUAGGCGUGUUGCACAGAAUCAGGAAUUUGGCAUUGUUGAUAAGUAUAUAAGAAGCAGCAGUGGAUGGGGAGAAGUUGAUCUUGUGAAUUCUUAAUACUGCAGCUACAAGUGAUCCCCUCUUUAGUAGAUUUAUCCUCGUUGAGUGCACUACAUUGUGAUGUUCUUCUUUUCGGCAUGGCUCUGUAUUUGCCCAGGCUUGCCAUGUCAUGGAGGAAAAAAAAAGGGUGUUGCUCAUCAUCCUAGGUUAUCUCAUUGACUGGUGGACUAUAGCUAUUUCCUUUCCUUUUCAAGUAGGCUGGGUUUUGGAUUGAAUAACAUUAGCAUAUCUUCAUGUAAAUAAUAACUGAACUAAUCUUGUGCGGAAUCAGAAAAUCAAGAAAUAACUAUAGUAUGGGUUAAUCACA